AUGGCAGCGGCGCAGACCAACAUCAGCACAGACCAGUCUGCUCUUCUUGCUCUCAAAGCCCAUAUCACCAGUGAUCCUCAUAACUUGAUCUUCACCAACUGGUCAACCACCACAUCUGUUUGCAACUGGUUUGGCGUUACCUGUGGCGCACGCCACCUUAGAGCCACCGCCUUGAACCUCUCCUACUUUGAUCUCGAAGGAACUAUUCCUCCACAGCUAGGCAACCUAUCAUUUCUUGUUUAUAUUAACUUGAAAAACAACAGUUUCCACGGUUCCUUACCCAAGGAAUUGGCUCGUUUCAUACCAGCAGCCAUCUUCAACUUAUCUGCACUGCAAGUUAUUGAUUUGCGGUAUAACCAACUCUCAGGUAGUAUACCGAGAGAAAUGGGAAAUCUAACAACGCUGAAGGAGAUUUACCUUGAUAACAAUAAUUUCAUAGCCAAUAACCUAACUGGAUCUCUCUCAGAAGAUGUUGGUAAAUUAAAAGCUGUCAUAGUUAUAGAUUUAUCAGACAACUACUUAUACGGUCGUAUACUGAGCAGCAUUGGGAAUCUACAAACGUUGCAGAAUCUCUGCUUGGAAGAUAACAACUUGGAAGGUCGUAUUCCUAGUUCACUUGGAAAAUCCCUCAGCUUGGUACUUUUGGACUUGUCCAAAAACAAUCUGUCUGGUGUGAUAACAAAAUCACUCGAAUCGCUCAAAUAUCUCAAGAUUUUGGAUCUGUCUUUCAACAAACUCCAAGGAGAAAUCCCAACAAGUGGACCUUUCCGAAACUUCUCAGCUCAAUCAUUUGUGUCGAGUGGGGAACUGUGUGGUGCACCCCGAUUCCAUGUCCCAGCAUGCAAGAAUAUUACAUUGGAAGCACAUUCAACAGGCAGAUCCAUUUUGAAGUACAUUAUCCUAGGGAUAUUGUCAGCAAUGUUCAUUGUGUCCUCCAUUUGGAUAGUGAUACUACGUAGAAGAAAGAAUGUGGAAGCUGCAAAAGAGACUGCACUGUUACCUCAACUGUUAUGGAGAAGAGUUUCCCACCUCGAACUUGUUAGAGCAACAAAUGCAUUUGAUGAAAGAAACUUACUUGGCACUGGUGGAUUUGGCUUAGUGUACAAAGGAACAUUUUCUGAUGGGGUAGAUGUGGCCAUAAAGGUUUUCAAUUUACAGCUAGAAGGGGCGUUCAAGAGUUUCGAUAUCGAGUGUGAAAUGCUAAGCAACAUUCGUCAUCGAAAUCUUAUCAAGAUCAUUAGUUGCUGUAGUCAACUUGAUUUCAAAGCCGUGGUACUGAACUACAUGCCUAACGAGAGCCUUGAGAAGUGGUUGCACUCUCAAAACUUGUGUUUGAACAUCAUGCAGAGAUUGAGUAUUAUGAUAGAUGUUGCAUCGGCAUUGGAGUACCUUCAUCAUGGCUAUGGAACACCAAUUGUUCACUGUGACAUGAAGCCCAGCAAUAUCCUACUGGAUGAGGAUAUGACUGCACAUGUUACUGACUUUGGCAUUGCAAAACUCUUGUGUGGAAGAGAUUCCAUGACCCAAACUAUCACUCAAGCCACAAUUGGAUAUAUGGCGCCAGAGUAUGGAACGGAAGGAAUAGUUACUAGAAGAGGGGAUGUAUACAGCUUUGGUAUUGUAUUGAUGGAAACAUUCACCGGAAAGAAGCCAACGGAUGAAAUGUUUGUUGCGGAAAUGAGUUUGAAACAAUGGGUUGCAAAUUCAGUAUUACUUGAUGUUGUGGAUGCCAAGUUACAAGUGACAGAAGCAGAUGAUCGUGAUUUUGUGAACAAGAGCGAGUGUUUGUCAUCCGUAAUGAGAUUAGCUCUAGCAUGUUCAGCAGAAUCACCGGAAGAAAGGGUGAAUAUGCAAGAUGCUUUAGUCACACUGAACAAGAUCAAGAUCAAGUUUUUUAAGGACGCUACCAGAGGUGUGGUGUUGAACCGUUCUCUUGUUUAG